UCUAAUGUGAAGCAGCCCCAGUGUUUACUACAGAAUCAGAGCAUUGCGGACGAGUUCUCCUUUUAACUCCGAAUUAUUACACACAAACUGUUCAUUUAGUGUUUCAAUAAAAGAGGAAAACAUGCCGAAGAGAAAGGGAGCUGAUGGAGAGGUGAAGGAGGAGCCUCAGAGAAGGUCUGCCAGGUUAUCUGCAAAACCAGCACCCCCAAAUCUGGAACCUAAACCCAAGAAAACACCCAAGAAAGAGAAAGAAGUAAACGAUAAGAAGGAGGACAAGAAGACAAAGGGCAAGAACAACGAGGCCGAGGAGAACCAGUCGGAAAACGGAGAGACCAAGACUAACGAGGUUAAGAAGACUCCGGAGCCAAAGGAGGAGGAGAAUAAAACUGAGUAGCACCUUGUCUGUCCAUCCAUUUCUCUCUCUCUCUCUCUCUCUCUCUCUCUGUCCGGCCUGUUUUCUCUUUCUCUCUUUUUUUCAGUGGGUUGUGGGUUUCGAGCCCCAGACGGAUCCGUCUUUCCACAAUUCGCCACCAGAGAGAUAUUUUUAUCAGUAAUUUUGUAAAUACUGGUUAAGGUUUUUAGCACAAAUUGCAGACGCUGAUGAAGGGAUUUUGGGAUUGCGUAAGUCAACGUGAGGGGCGCGCAGAGGCGGUGGAGGUUCCGUAUCGUUUCGUGAGCUUUUAUUUCUUUAUUUUUGGUUGUUUUAACAGUCUUGUGGAUCUGCCUUGGUGGCUGCUUGUGUCUGUAAGCGACUCUCUCCAAGAUCCUGGAGUUUUUGAUCCUGUUUGUUCUUCACUUUUAAGUUUUACUUAAUGUUUGUUUGUGGGGAAAAUCCUACAAAAAAUUGUACAAAAAAAUCCUAAAAAGCCAUUCACAUCCCGAGCUGUAGAGAACGUCACGCCACCAACGAGGUAUCAUUAACGUGGUGAACUGGAUCGUUGGGGGGGGGGGUAUUAGCGCAGCAGUGUACGACCUUUCCUUUGUUUUUUUGUGAAAUUAUGGGAUUUUAAAAAGAAAAUGUUUUGGAAUUUUUUUAAACAGUGAGAACCCUUCUGUGAAAGAGCAGCGUGACCUAAAACCCACUUAAUAAAACCAUUGUGGAAGUUUUCCUCAAAAAAA